GUUAGUAACAGAAUCUCGCUCGUUAUACGUGCAUCUCAUCACUAGUCAAUCCGGAAAUUCUUGUCGUGAUGGAGCUUUUUACUUUACUUCUGUUUAUUCUAACAGCAAGUAUCUGCUUGUAUUAUGUUCUAAAUAAGUUAUUUUUUAAAUUAUCUUACUUCGAGCAACUGAAAAUUCCCCAUGUGCGACCAAUUCCAAUAUUGGGAAACAUGGCACCUUUUGCUUUUCAACGUAUGUGCCAUAUGGAGCUUCAACAAAAAAUGUAUAACCACUUCUCGAACGCAAAGUUCUUCGGCUUCUACGAUUUUAUAAUGCCAAUCUUUGUUAUUCGUGAUCCAGAUUUGAUUUCCACAAUCGCUAUAAAGCAGUUCGAUAACUUCUGCGAUCACCAUGGUUUCGUCAAUGAAACUCUCGAUCCGAUAGCCGGCAGAAAUCUGUUUAACCUGAAAGGGGAUCACUGGCGCGAAAUGAGGAAACUUCUUAGUCCCAGUUUUACAUCCAGCAAGAUGAAGAUGAUGUUUGGACUUAUUUGCCAGUGUGCAGAAAACUUCUCCAAUUUUGUAGUAGUGCAGACCGAAGAAGCUGCCAAAACGUAUAAUAUGAAAGAUUUACUUUCUAGAUACACCAACGAUACAGUGGCUACGUGUGCCUUCGGUAUUGAAGUGGAUUCUUUUAAAAAUCCGAACAACGAAUUCUUCUUACUUGGCAGAAAAGCAUUAAAUUUUGAUAGCUGGUUAGCUUUCAAGUUUUUAAUGCAUAGAAACUUCCCGCAACUUGCGAAACUCAUCAAGCUGAGAAUGUUCGGUCCAGAGGUAGAGAAUUUUUUCAAAGAUAUUGUUGCAACCACAGUGAAGACCAGAGAUGAGCAAGGAAUUAUUCGCCCGGACAUGAUUCAAUUGAUGAUGGAGACCAGGAACAAGAACACCGGCCCUGAGUACGACAUUAACGAAAUGACGGCCCAAGCGUUUGUUUUCUUUCUCGCCGGAUUCGAUACUAUAUCAUCAGCUAUGUGUUUCACAACGUACGAAAUUGGUAUCAAUCCUGAUGUUCAGAGAAAAUUAAGAGAGGAAGUCGACGAUGUUCUUAGGCAGACCAACGGCAAACCUACCUACGAAGCUAUCAAUUGUAUGAAGUAUUUGGACGCCGUGAUAAGUGAAGCUCUCAGAUUGUAUCCAAUAGCAUCUUUUCUUGACAGAAAAUGCGUUAAAGAAACCAAACUACCACCAGCGACUCCGGAUGGUGAACCGAUCACGAUAAAGCCUGGAGAUAGCAUAUGGAUUCCAAAUUUCAGUCUGCAUCGCGAUCCAAAGUACUAUCCGCAUCCAGAUAAGUUUGAUCCAGACAGAUUUCUUAACGGUGAUGUAGACAACUCGGUCUAUAUGCCAUUUGGUAUCGGACCUAGAAUCUGUAUAGGCAACAGGUUUGCCCUAAUGCAAGCAAAAGUCAUGUUGUUCUAUCUACUUUGGCGUUGCGAUCUCGAACCCGACAUUAAAACUCGAAUUCCUAUGGUAUUUAGCAAAAAAAUGUUUCUCAUGAUGGCGGACGGAGGUUUUUGGUUGAAGUUGCGAACAAGAAAAUCGAAGGCUCAUGUUACAUGUGCUUAUUGAGCGGACAUAAAGUUGAGGAAUAGUGAAUCAUACAUUUUUCGUUUUAAGCAUGAUAUUAUUGGGGACAUGCAUAAGUUUCCACGACCUUUUUAAUAAU